UGAUACCUAAGGACCCCGCAGGAAAAGCGCUCCAACUCAGAGGAAUCUUCGAUAUUGUCAGAUCCAACCUCCAACGUGCUUUCCAAGAGCAAGCACGCCAUUAAAACCUUCGACGCCGUGAGUGGAGACCGAAGCUCGGUGACAAGGUGUGGCUACGCCAACAUCCUCUCUCGAAGGCGGCCGAAGGUUUCGCCGCCAAAUUGGCCCCCAAAUAUGACGGUCCCUACACUGUUCACGCUCUGCCAACAUCAGCCAGUUGAAACCCUAUUACCCUGAGGAUUUUGGGAAUGCAGCAGCGGAAGAAGACGACGGGACUGCCCCGGGAGGCGACACGAGAGGUUAAGCAGGGUGGAGGUUCACAUGAUGGAUAAAGUCAUCGAGUUGUCGGAUAGUUCGGACGAUACCGAGAUUUUUCAUCACGACCUUUCGGAUCGCGACGAGUGGGUCGCGGAAGGGUACAGCGGAGGAGAUUCGGAGGCAUCGGAAGACGAAGAGGGAGAGAUCGCAGAGGACCAGCUAAUCAACGAUAGCCAAGGUGAAGAAGACGUACCUGACGGCGCCGAGUCUUCCGACGACCAGGACUCUGGGGCUACGGGUGGCCUCGAUUUGCGGGCAUGUGGAGCCCUAAACCCGGCGAGACACGACGACCCGCUCGACCUUCGACAACAUAUACCGUCGAGGAUGAUCUCAGCAACGCGAGCGACAGCGACGAACGCGACGAGCCUCGAGAGUACUCGUGGGGUCGCCGUUCGCAGGAGCCACGGUAUUACGCACCGAAAGAAAACGACGAGCAGCCGUGGACCAGGCGAGAUCCUCAAGGCGGUCACCCGAGGUACCGUUAUUACUGUUUCCAGUGCGGCGCUACAAAAAGUGUAGCUCGACACACGGCUGCGUUUCAGGCUUCGUGGAUUUUGUCAUGUCCAUUUUUGAAAGGAACCGUUUUAGCGAGGCGUCAGCGUUGUGGCGCUGUCGCCGUGUGGUGUUCGCAGGAACAGUAUAGGCAGUUACAAGAACGAAUAGUCACUCUCUGUAAAUCGACGCCUGUGUUCAGACCGAAACGCACUCCGCUCUAAUAGAACCCGAACGUAAUUCGACAUCAGAAGUGGGAUCUGGCCCUCAACCUACAACAAUGGAUGUAAUGGCGUGCCAUCAUGGAAUUGCAAAAUAAAAAUUUAGUUGUUCUUGUGCGAGCCAUUAAAACAACGGAACCUGAUGCAGGGCAGAGCAAAUCGGUGCACCUACCCAAAUUCAACCCAGACAAGGCAGGUGCCAUCGCUUCAUCGAGGUGUUCAAGGGUGAAAAUUAUAUUACAAGAAAAUACGUUGAAAGGCAGUGCGUUGGUUGUGGCUUUAAGUUCAGAAUUAGAGGGUAGCGCUUCGCAAUGGCUGUCGCAAGUGUGUUAUGCUGAUAUAACCUGGCUCGAGUUCAAGGAAUUGUUCAUACAGCGCUUUGAUACCAGCCGCUAUGUUUCUAAAUACGCUGACAAAGCGACCGACUGAUGUCUCGCGCUGCACGCAAGCCGCAUGGUUACAGAACCAACGACGAAAUGGCGUGAAAUGAAGAAAGAAGAAAUUGCAGUGUCCGUGACUCUCGCAUUGCUGGCAAGCUUUGAUAACCGUUUGCAGCGUUUAAGUUUCACAUCAAAUGUUCGAACCAGAAGCGAUCUACAGUCCGAAUUAAAAGCGCUCACAUUUAAUAAAAGGAAAAGUGGCUUUGUGAAGCAUCAAUCUGAAGUUUAUCCAUAACGACAAAAGCAAUCUUCGAUCGAGUGCCAUUUUUGUGGAAAGUUAGGCCACAACAUGAACAUCGACGUGAAAAAUCAAAUGUAACUUGCUACAAGUGUGGAGACUGGGGACAGAUAUCUACCCAAUGUACAAAGAAGGAAGGUGAUAGGAACAAGAUAUUCAGCCGGGAAAAACGAGUGGAGCAGUGCAGCGUUGCAGUACCUAAAGGAAGCAUGAACCACAGAGGACAUUUUUGAAGUCACCUUUGAUUCCGGAGCGGAAUGCUCACUGAUGAAAGAAAAGCUAAGUGCUAAGUUUUCAGGUAAACGAUCAAAUAAUAUUGU